AUGACGGUGAAUACAGCGAGGUUUACAUACGAAUUGAUCUUCAAUUCACUGCCGAUAAAGUCUGGUACUGGAGGAUAUGUGGAAGUGGAGAGUGAACCGUCCUUCGCCAGCUGCCGUUUGAUUCUUUUUAAUCUGGCCACCACGUACGGAAUCGACGCCGUGCUGGAAGAAAGUAUGCGGCUCAUCGAGAUCAUUACGAAGCAGCAAAAAACCAGUAGUUUGUCGGAAAAAGCGCUGUGUUCCUUGAUAGUUCUGCUUCGGCUUCUCAGUGACACGGCAGAGCUAUGUUGGAAGCACCAAGAGCUGCAGUGGGAGCCCGAAACACAGGAGUACGCGAUGGACGAAGAAGAAACAAUGUCGAAAACCGACGUGGGCUUUGCAACGCAGAAAUCGUGUUUUCACACGUCACGUCCCAAACCGCUUGAAUCUGCAAUUGCUCUACGGCUUAUAAAAGUGCUGAGUCGGCUGAAGUACAAUUCCACCACCAAGCGCGCUUUGCGAAGAAUCUCAUCAUCAUCACACUACUCUAGCCAGUCCAACCCCCCGGCUUCCAGCAGUAAGUUCGAAGCGGGCGGUGUCACCGAAGAUCAGGAGGUUUCGCCACUUUUCAAGAUCAUUGACACGAACCUGGACUAUUUAGGUCGGUUCGUUGCUUCUGCUAAUCCUACUGAGUUUUCAGAUUUCAUGGACUCCACCAUCAUUGCGCCUCUGACCAACACACGCAGUAAUGAGAAUGACAUCGUGCCUUAUAUGGAUAUGUUUUCGACGUUUUACAUCACAAACACGAGCCUGCCGAGUUUUCUCCAAAAUGUAUCGAAAGUGCUAGAGAGCUUGAAAAAAAGCCCUCAUCAAGAAUUGAUGCUAAUGUACGCAUCGCAAGCAAUUAUGACGUGGGUUCUUUCACGGCCUUUAGAGUACGUUAAAGUGAUCAACGAGAUGAAGAAUUAUCCCAAGGAUGCACCCGCCCAUACUACGUGCAAAUAUUCAUCGACGCUCUUUGACGAUAUCUACUCAAGCUUUAAUGUUUCUUAUGUUCUCACGACAACCGCCUCCUCGAAUGCUGCCAUUUCAGAGUUUAAAAGCUCUCCUCCAUCGUCUGAUGUGUCGUCACCGAUAAGCUCUUCGGGAAGUGCGUGCUAUUUCCAAUCUGAUGCCUCAGAUCUAAGACGGUCGUUCACGUAUUCAAAAUCCGAUUUAGAUUCGCAAAUGCAAUCCUUAGGGUGGGAUUUUCUCACGUCUUCAGUACUAUCAGGAUCAUUAUUCCAGGUAGAAGAUGUAGCCAACCUGUCAAUUUUGAGGUUUUUAGUGGUCAUGCUCUUAUUUCAACCCAACGCCUUUGAGGAAAUGAACACAGCGAGUUUCAAGCAUAUUCCUGAUGAAGGCGGCUCAAGUUUAGAAGAAUUCUCGAAAUCUAGUUCCGAAGAUGAGAAAAAAAAACCCCAGAAUCAGCUCAUCAAAUUAAAGCCUUCAAACCACAAGAAAUUACAAAAUUUUAAGUUUCCUUCGUUUACUCCUACAAGCAAGAAGGUUAAAUUUUUGACGACGCUAGUCAAAAAUAUUAACGGGUCACAAAUAGUAUCCGAUACUUCGCUGCUUGAUACAUUGAGAACCUUGGUUUUGACGUUUAGAGCGUGCUCUUCUAUCAAAUUUGCUGAUGAAGAAUCUCCGGUUGUAACGUUUUGCAAACGACUGCUGUUUGUUGUUGGGGAUGCGUUGCAAUUGUGUGAACCAUCUCAAGCAAAAAAAAACCCUGUCAUUGCAAGAUGUCUAUCUCGCAAUCCAACUUCUCAUACAAAGCUUCAGAUUGCGUUUUUUGCUCCUGCUCUGAUACUUGAUCCUGAUACUUUUAUCUUGCACUUGGGUCAAUUUGCUCAAAACAAACAUACCGGGUAUAAGCAUCUGAGGACUCUCACUGGUGGAUUUAAAAUUUUUUUUGGUAUUCCAAAUGUUACGAGAUCUAAUCUUGAGACCGUGCUCAAGUCCAUUGACUUUUUAAGAGUAGCACUUGCCGAAAUGUCCGACGUUGUACUUGCGGCACUUGACCAUUUCUCAGAUGGCUUUUCGUCGAUGGUGGAGGGCAUUUUAGAAGGAACUCUGAAAGACGGAACAGAUUUUUCUAAGAUUGGCAGAUGUUUCUCACCACCUUUCCCCCUCAGACCCGCGUCGACCUCAUCUCCUCAACAAACGAAUAAUCAGACGGAUAUUGCUAGGACAGCAUCUUCAUCGUCUGUAUCGUCUGGCGCGAGCUCAUACAACGAGAAAAGCACUAAUGAAAGGCCAGCAAUACUUGCUCCACGAGCCAGAAGGCCCUCAGGAUCAUCGCUUGCAGCGAGUGGUAGGACCAACGUAAAACUCGCACAACCUCACGAGACUGAUAAGUACUCUCAUGGGACGAAAACUCAGUUCGAAAGCUCAAACAGAAAUAUGACAUCUCCUCUUAGAUUCUCUCGAUCAAAGGAGCUAUCAGAGUUCAACCUGCCUUCCUUGCUCACACAGUCAAGUGGUCAAAAGUUGAGCAACGAGGGCCUUCUUCUAAUAUCUCAGAACAUUUCGAUCGCAGAUCUCGCUGAUGCAAGAGCAGCAAUGAUCAAUAUCAUGUCCGUUUACAAAAGAACUGUCCGCGAUUAUUUCGUGACCAAAUCUGACCAAGGUUCGAUAAAAGUGAUUGAUGAUUAUAACCUGUUGAUAAAACCUCUAUUUGUCGGAUUGGUCGACGAACACCCUGUCAUGCAGGCCACGGCGCGCUCUCUUUCUGCAUUCAUCACCGCUUGGGUAAUGAAGUUGGGAGAUACUAACGAAGCGAACCGAAUUCGCCUGGUCAUGUAUAAGGGAUCCGCGUAUUUCGUGACACUGGUAUCCGCAGCACUUUUCAACUUAGACUUGGACGAUAUCAAGCGGGAACAAUUGCUAGACAUUUCUCUAAAAUACAUGAAUCUCCGCCUCGAACUCAUGACCAAGAUAGAUGUCACCAAGUUGGAAACCUCAGAGAAGGAUACUCACCACUUACUGCAUGGCUCCAUUGGCAGGGCUCUUUUAACUUCAUUAGUUUCUCACGAGCCAAAAAUUCACAAACUCCUGAGGGCUUGCUUUAAAGGCCUUUUGAAAGAGCUGGACUCUCACGAUAAGAUCCUGGGCAGCUCAGGGUUGACUGAAAAGCUUAACAAGCGUUUUUUUAGCUCAAUGUGCAAGGACAAUUACGUUUCUACGGGAGCGGUGGCGUUUCAGCGGCGUAUGAGAAGCGACAUUCUGAAAUAUGUCGAAUUUCCUGACCGAAUGUUAUUCGAUACAUUGAAGCUGAUGUACGGUCAAUGGCUCAGUUUUACGCGCAGUUCUAAAACCAACCUUAGGGACGCGAACCAAUUCAGGAACAUUGCAGGGUUUAUUGCAUCAUCCUGUGGAGCUUUUCUUACCAUCGAUCAGAAAACCUUGACAAAGGAUCAGGUAUAUUCUGGUAUGCAAGCUGAGGUGAUUGAAAUGGUUGACUUUUUCAUCUCGAUGCAGUGCUCGUGGCUAAACGAUCCAGACUUGAUGACGCGUGAAAAUUCUAAAGACAUAGUGAGCACGGAGCUGCAUCCCCUUGCCUUCAAAUACCUUUUUCAACAUUUGAAGAAAAGGACGGAUGAGCUUGAGACUUUGGAUCUUGCUCACGCGCAAAAUGAGCCUUCUGUUUUACUUCUAGAGCAGAUUGUUUUAAUUGUGCGAACUAUCUUGGAACGGGAAGACGCCAAGCAGGAGCUCAUACUAAUUUCUGUUCAGGUUUUAACUCUCACCGACCAACUCUUCAAAAUAGUCGAAAAUGUUAGUCAUGAAUCGACUAGAUACUAUAAAGCUAUUAUUCAUUUGUCGAAGAUGCUCAAGUCAUUUGAAACUACGGAGCAAAAUCUUUGUGUUUCGGGAUACCUGUUAGUGAAAAAUCAGUGGCUGCGGUCAACUAUUGCGUGGUUCAAAUCAGCCAUCUUUAAGGAGCUGGACCUAGAGAACCUGAGUAAACCUCACCGAGAAAUGAGCCUAAUGCGCAGAGAUCUCGACUAUCUCUAUGUCGACACUUCUAUCGAGUCCUCCAGGGCACUUGCAUACAUCACAAAGGACCUUAUGCUUGAGGUUCCUCUUUCAAUUUCAGAAGGUGAACUGAAAAGAUCGAAAGCGGUAACUUUUGGUAAUUACUUCAGCAUUUUGCUUAAAGGUUUGGAAAAAACAUCCACUGUUGACGUUUACCCAUCAACGUUACGCCAUAAGAUAGGAGUUUUGAACGAUAAUAUUAUCACUUCCCUAACAAAUCUCCUCAACGCGAAUGUGGAUGUAGGUCUGAAAUACGCACUUCCAAUUGGAUAUUCCAAAAAUCAAAGAAUUAAAGUGGCUUUCCUCAAGGUUUUCGUGAAGAUCAUAUCAAACUUUGAUUUCCAAACGUCGAAAUUAAUAGAGACAAAAAAUAAACUUGUGGAAGAAUUUGUUCAGCAAUCUUUAGCUUGCUCUCAAUUAAUUCCGUUUGCUGCCAGGGUAUGUCCUGCAAAUGACAUCGACUCUAUGGCAAGCAGCAUGCUGACCAUAUAUGGGGUUAAAAGUGCCUCACAUAUCAUUGUUGUCGAACUAAUGAAGGACGAGAUACAAAAUGCUUCACGAUACGCCGAUGUUUUACGGAGGAACAGCUGUGCUACAAGAACGCUCUCGAUGUUUUCGAGAUUGAAAGGAACGUCAUAUCUAGUGCAGACGCUCAUGCCCAUCAUAAAUGAAAUCAUUGCGAACAACGAAGACUUCGAGAUCGAGAAGAUAACACCAGAGGACCCUAACGCAGAAAAGAAUGUUACACUAUUCAUCAAGUACCUUGGAUUACUCAUCGACUCUAUCGUAAGCUCAGUACCAUCAUUUCCACCGGAGUUUUUUUUGAUAUGUCAGGCUAUUUACAUGAGCGUCCGGGAAAGAUUUCCAGGCUACGAAACUGCUGCUGUAGGAUCAUUUGUAUUCUUGAGAUUUUUUUGUCCAGCCUUGGUCAGUCCCGAUUCUGAAAACCUCAUUGAUACUGUAACUCCCAAGCAAAAGCGAGCAUUUGUCAUUUUAGCUAAGGUGAUUCAAAACAUUGCUAAUGGCUCCAUUAAUUCCAUGAAAUGGCCUCUUCUCAACUCUAGAUCAGAUUUUCUAAAAAGUUGCUCAGAAAGAGUUUCGGUGUAUCUAACCGAAGUAGCGCGCCCCGACCGUGAUGUGUCUAUAAAACUUCAGAUGGAAGAAAAAGUCACCCUCAAUGAGUUCAAUUACCUGCACCGUUAUAUUUAUCAGCAUGGGCUUGAUAUAAGAAGUGAGAUCAUCAGGGAGAUAAAGUCCCCUGAGGAUUUUGAAUCCUUAAAAGGUGCGGCAAGGACCACUGAUCGACUGCUGUGGACUUUAGGCCAACCUCGCAUGGAGUUUAGAAACGAAAUACCACCCUGGAUUAGAAAUAAUAUGGAUGAACAUCCAGAACUUUACGACUUUAUGUCUCGGCAUUCUUUGAGAACGUUUGACUUUAAAGACGAUUUUCCUUUCAUACAUGAAGCGGUUUCGUCUGACGGCCUACCCAUAAUUGUUAUCACAUUUGAGUUGCUUCAGAAGCAAUCAUGUGAUAUAGAGGCCAUGACUUACCGUACGUUCCAGGUUUAUGCGAAAAUCUGGAGCUCAAAGCAUUAUAUCGUUGUUGACUGCACAGGUUUCAACUCUAAUUCCGCUGCUGGGAAAAAGCUCACGACUUUUUUCUUCAAUCUUAUACCCGAUGAAGCAGCAAAAAAUUGUACCACAUUUUUUUAUUUGAACAUGACAGAAGAGUUUCUGGGUUGGUGGCUUCCCGUUUUCAAAGGACACAAUCCUUUUCUCCAACCACACAAGACUCCCCACCAAUUCAUCAACAGCGACUCAAACUCAGGGCUCAUCAAGGACCUAAGGCUAAGCUCUUUUUCAAAUGAUGUAUUUUCGGACGUUAGAGUCACCCUACGAGAUGUUUCUCUUUACGAUGCUCAAAGGGGCCGCUUUACCCCCGUUACAAUGAAAAUUGGAAAUAGGUACAUUCAAAUGAUCUCCGAGACUCCUUACCGCUUUAAGGUAGCUGGGAUUGAUGAUGUCGUAGAGAUCAAUUUCAACAGUGUCUACGAGGUCGCCGUGGUCUCAUCAACAGUGGUUUCAUUUGAGACCGGUGUUCCCUCAGAGUUCACAGUUCAUUUCGACAAUGGGACGAAGCUGGUCCUUUGCAGCUCGAAGUAUCUCGAAAUCAUUAAGAUUUUUUAUUACGCGCAAGCUAGGAUCGAAGAAGAGUAUGAUGGUGGUGACGUUGAAAGUCAAAAACAAAGUGAGGUUAUUCAGAACGAAGAAAAGGAGCACAAUGAAAUUCUUGGAAGCCUUCUACUUGUUGUUUACGCUGGGUUCUGCAGCAACGACGAGGAGGUUAAAAACGUUUCUUAUAAUGUCUUGGCGGCAACUCAGGAGGCUUUCGGUCUAGACUUCGGAUGCAAGCUCCGUAUAUCUCCUGAGACGUACGUGCCACACGACACUUCGGCCUUUUGCGACUCUUUAUUUCAAAGCUUAUCCAAAACAGCUCCUGAGCUAUCGUUGGUAGUGUGGAAGCUGCUUCUUGAGGGCCUAUCGGGAGUCUUCGAUGUCAUACAUGCGCCUCAUGUCGUGAGUGCGCUAUCCCCAUGGGCAGCCAACUUGUACAAAUACGUAUAUCUGGCUGAUGAUGAAAAUGGUCCAGAUAAUGUUUCCUUCAUCAUUCGAACGCUGAUAAAGCUCAGUGUUAGAGAUGAAAGAUUGACGAUGGUGUAUAGCCAGAGUAUUUGGUCAGUUUUGAUCUUGGAAGCUAAUCUUGUGCCUGUCAUUGUUGAUGAAAUUGUGAAUCACUCUAUUGACAGGGACUCUGAGGGGGGUGACUGGAAGAACUCUGUCUCACUUUUAACUAGAGUGGCUACGGUAGAGAUGUGCAGUGAGGUUGUGAACAGAAUUUUAAAGCUUUCGAGGUCUUUUUUACCAUCUCUUAAGAUGGAGGCCUCGAUGAACAGCUGGUCUGAACUAAUUAUACUCGUCAACAUUACUGUGGCGCUUUUUUUUGACUCACUGCUACUUUCCCAAUUGUUUUUGCCAGAGGUAUUGUACAUCGUAUCACUUUUGAUCGAUGUAGGUCCCUCCGAAAUGAGACUGGCUCUCCAUAAACUGCUGAUGAACGUGUGCCAAUCGCUUUCAACUAAUGAGUAUAUGUCGGCAGAGAAGAAGAGCAACUUAGAUGUGCUUAAAGAGACUUUUUCUCGUCAAAAGAUGAGAUUCAUGUCUGGAUUUAGCCAAGACAAAGGUCGUAUUUUGCAGAGUUUCAGCGCGUCAUCCUUUUUGAGCAAGUUCACUGCUUUGGAGCAGUUUGUGACCAGCAUCAUGUCGGUCAUGGAAAACGCAUCGGAGACGGAUAGCGUACAGUGGAAAGCAAAGUACAACAAGUACAUAAUGGAUGCCGUGUUCAACGUGGGUUCUUUCUUGUCCGCAAGAGCAGCCAUGAUAAUCGGAAUAAUCGGUCAGCACGGGAUGUCCGAGUUCCUAUGCAGAAAUAUGCUGCUCCAAACUAUCAAGACUGUUGCAGAACCAUACAUCAGUGAUGAACUUGUGUUUCUGAUGAUAUCGCACUGUUUCACUUAUAGUAAAGUUGUGCUAGGCCUUCAACCACAUUCGACUUUACUUAAAAGGCUCUUCUGGCUAGCGACCACUUUUAUUCAGUCGCCCAACACUGUGUUCUACCAUGGUGGUCUACUUUUCAUGGCAAACGCCGUCAAACGCAUAUCGGAUGCUGAUCGAAGCACCGAAAGAGUUUCAUUAAGAACCUUGCUUUUCGCUAGUCGGGGUUUUGCUGAGCCGCUACUCAUUGAACUUGAGGCAAUGAGCGAAUUGAAGUGGACGGAGGAAAAUUUUCCACACAUUUUCUUGAAUCUGAUAAGCAAGGGAAUGAUUAUUCCUCAUGUAAAGCCCACGUCCGUCGAGUGUUUGAACUUGAUGCUAACAUUAGCUUACCAAGAUCUAAAGUACUCAAUCGGCGACAGUCAUCUCUGCUACCUUUUGAUCGUUUAUCAAGUAUCACGUCCCUCAAAAUUGAGUACAGUUCUCGCAGAACUGAAAGUUGAUGAUGAGCUUUGUUAUUUUGAUGAGCAUAAUUUCGUGACAAAGAGUCUUUUGGAAUGGAUAGAGUCUGACUCUGAGACUUCUUUGAUAGCUCUGUACCAAGCUUCCGUGUACUUCGCCACUGGUUCUUCUGAUGAGUUAAGCAAGACUCGAUAUCUGCUGUUAAUACAGCACCUGGUGAAGAUAAAUCCCAUGAAAGUCAUUCAGAUCUAUUCGCUGAUUCGUACGGAGGUCAACCGCAUAGCUACCUUCGACGCUCAGUCAGAUUUCCCGCAAUUAGUAUUCUCGAUUGUUCAACAGAUAAUAAGAGAGAGGGAAUACGCCAAUUGUGAUGCUCAUUUGGCUAAGACAAGGGCCCUUUUGAAAUCUAGGAAUCUAUCAGGUAUUGAUCGGAUUGAUAUGUCCUCCAAUUCAAAUGAAACCAUGGGUACUAUUAGAAUGAACCCUUAUGCGACUUACGAGAGGAAGAAGUUGACCGUUCAAAUUAUGUCGCGCAUGAUGAAAUCACUUGAGGAGACUGAAUGA